AGUCAGCUAUUCCCCUCCCAUGACUUCACUUCCCUCCCCUUCUCACAGACUUGACAUUUCAAAUCUCCAUACCACGCCAGUGCCACAACUACCAUGACCUUCGAAACAUGGAAAACUGGAAGCAGAAGGAUAAAGAAACAAUAUUCCUGCGCCUCACUGGGUACAUUUCCUCAUAUACAGAGGAGCCAAAGAACAGGGAGAUUGUGUGGACGAGAGGAAAAGAGGAGGAGAGAAAAAAGGCAGAGGGACACUGAGUAAAAAACCGACAGGAAACCAAAUAAUUCUGGUGCUGUUUUCUGCAAAUCCUCCUGAGAUAAAUCACUUCAGAGGACUGCCAUUCCUAAUCCACAUUUUACAAUUAGAACUGACAAAGGGUUUUCCCAUACAUUUUUGUAAGAUUGAUUGGAAAUGUAUAAAGCACUAAAACUCUGACAAAAAAAGUGACGUCUGCUUCAUUCUUCUCUCAAGGACUUUUCAGUCUCCCACACAUUUAGUGUGGUUGGUCAAGAUGUGAGCGGCUGAAUCCUUUUUGGGAGGUUUGUGUGGUUUUUACUUCUGGGCUACAUCUCACCCCUUUCCCAGGGUCUGUUGGAUCAAUGGUUGUGAAUUUGAGGAUUUGUUUGUUCUGAACUCCUGGACUACUAACUGGAUCCAGAUGAAGAAUAAAGGAACCAAGCAGAGGUCCAAAAAGAAAGGAAGUGAAAAUGCAUUCGGCUGUGACUUGACAGAACAUCUACAGAAUUCAGGACAAGACGUUCCCCAAGUUUUAAAGACGUGUGCAGAGUUUAUUGAGAAACAUGGCGUUGUGGAUGGGAUAUACAGACUCUCAGGGGUCACCUCCAAUAUCCAGCGACUCAGACAGGAAUUUUGCACUGAGUUGUGCCCUGACCUCACAAAGGACAUGUACCUCCAGGAUAUCCACUGUGUGGGCUCCUUAUGCAAGCUGUACUUCAGGGAGCUACCCAAUCCUCUACUCACUUAUGAGCUUUACAAGAAAUUCACUGAAGCCGUCUCAGUCCAGGAGGAUCAUGAAAGAUUACAGCAUAUUCAGGAUGUCAUUAAAGAGCUACCACUCCCCCACUUUAGGACUCUGGAAUAUCUUACCAAGCAUUUGGCCCACCUGGCCACCUUAAGCCCCCAGACUAACAUGCACAGCCGCAACCUGGCCUUGGUGUGGGCUCCAAAUCUGUUGCGCUCUAAAGAUAUUGAAGUUGCAUCCUGCAAUGGGGACAUGGCUUUCCUGGAGGUGCGGGUACAGCAGUCAGUGGUUGAGUUCAUUUUAAAUCACACUGAGCAGAUCUUCAACCAUGCAGCUGCACCAAUAAAACCUAAAGGACCCGGUUUGAUGUGUGGGGAGAAGUAUGCCACUUUGCCUAUCAGUGGCCAGGGUGGGCCAAUGAAGCUGAUGAGCCUGGAAGAGGCCCAGGCCCGCUCCCUGAGCCCUAACCACCCAGCGCGGAAAGAGCGUCAACGGGAGAACAGUCUACCAGAUACCAGCACUGCCACGCUGUACCAUACCGUCAUAGACAUAUCGGAUAGCAAAAGAAAGCUUUCUGGGAAAUCCAAAACGUGGAAGUCCAUCUUCAACUUGGGCAAGUCUGUGACAGACUCUAAGGGGAAACUGAGCCGGAAUGGGAGCGUGUUCUUGAGAGCACAGAACAUCACAGAAAAGGCAGCUAUCCGACCAGCUAGAAGCAUGGACUCUUUGUGCUCUCUGCCAACAGAUGAUGACAAGGCAGGAAAUUUCAACUCAGCAGGCGAGGCCAACGGUUUCUUUGCACCAGGCAUAAAAUCCAGAACACUUGGAUCUGACUCGCUCUAUGACCUCAGUGAACACCAGAGGUGGGAGUUUGAGAUUAAGAAAUCGAGCGAGGCCACAGGUGGCAGCAGCCCUAACAUGAAGAGAAGGGGCUCUCCAAGUGUCUCACCACCCCAACAGAAGUCUCUACCUGAACAACUGAAGGUUUUCAAAGGCGAUGACCUCAGCACCUGCCAGCCCACCUCUCCUAAAAACAGGAGGAUGCUGUAUUCUGGCUCCACCCACAGCAGCACAUCCAGGCCCUCCUUCCCAGGAAGCCUCUUUCCUGAGUCCUCCCCUAGGCAUCAGCGCAAGGCUCUCAACAUAUCAGAGCCCUUUGCUGUGUCCGUGCCCCUGAGGGUGUCUGCAGUCAUCAGCUCCAACAGCACCCCCUGCAGGGCAACAGGGAAAGAGAGGCCUGCUGCAGCUGCCCUGAAACCCAGCAGAGAGACCUCCCAGUCAGAGCAGAGUGAUAGCAGCGGCAGCUCAAGUUUCAGAGAGCACCCCCUUGUAGAGAGCAGUGUGGGGAGUGAGAGCAGUAUUUACAGUAACAGCAGCUCAACCCCUCUGGAAAAGGAGGUGAGACCAGCAGAGGAGAGGAGCAGAGAGGAGGCAGCUUCCAAAAGUGUGCCAGAAGGAAGUGAAGGAGAGGUGAAAGAGGUUCAAGGGAAGGUGGAAGUAUCUGACCUGAGACAGUCCUCCACUUCCAACACAAGAGAGGAAGAUAAAGAGAAACAGCAAUCUCCUGGGAAUCUGGACAGCCCGCCAACACCACAGCUUGAGACAAAAGAACUGACACAACUGGAUAUGGGAUCUCUACCUAUCAAGGAAGAACUCUGGUGUGAACUCCAUCUUGAGCUGAAAAUCACUGAGCCUGAGCUUGACAUUAUGGAAGAGGAGUUCAUGCCUGUUGUUUGUUCCACCAAGAACACUCGUGAGGAUGUUAAGGCAAAAAGAAGAACCAGUCUUCCAACUCACUCGUUGUUAUAUAAGGGACAGCCUUUGAUGCCCAUCAGGCCUGCAUUGACUGAUCAAAGUGCUUCUACAGUAGCACAUUCAGCAAGAAAGAACUCCUCAGACACACUAUUUCCAUUUGACAAAACAUUACAUUUCAUGGUUGGCACAGAUAUGAAAAAUACACCUCUACAUGCUGCUGAUUCAACAGAUAAAACAGAAAACAAAUCACACAUUUCCCCAAAAUCUAAGCUCACAGAAACAGAUAUACCCAUCAGCGUCAAGCCACGACUUGUGGUUCCUCACCUCGCAGAGCCAAGUUUACGUUCUACUCAACAAAGCCAGGUCAUAAACCAUUUGCAGCCAGGGGAUGACAUAACAUACAUAGGCACGUCUGUAGUAGGGAAAGGAAAAGGGCCAUCGUGGAAAAGUAAAAGUCAAGAUUGGGUCAAAGGGGUUUUCCAUGACGAUGGAAAGAAUGCUUUGUCAGUUGUCAUGGGAGGCAUUGAGAGGCUUUCAAUAUGUUUGGAGGAAAGACCCCACACCUUGGGGCUAGCACGCCAAGAUGAUGAGGAUGGAUGUGGAGGACACUCCGAAUCGGAGGACUUAGAGGAGGAACCUUGGGAGGAGGUCUUCAGCUCCACCAAACAGUGGGUAACCAGUCCUCUUCAUUCACCCACAUUUAAGGAUUUGUUUGGAAAACUAGAUGUGUCAUCGUCUUGUUCUGCGGGAGAAGGUUUGAGCUCCAAAGAUCUAAACGUUCCUCCUCGAUCUAGAGAAGACAAACCAACAAAUGGAUCAUGUCCCGUUAGGAGCAUAGAAGUGUUCCCAGGAAAUAGCUCUCUAGCAUGCAGCGGCAAAACAGAGACCAAAAUCACACAUCCACUUCCGUUACCCGCCAAAACCACCAUGGUCAGUGAUGACGCAAUGAGACCACACAGAGGGAACAGCUGCAUAGCCAAGCAGAAAAACACCACCUCCUCCCAGAGAUUUCACAGACAGACGUCUUAUGAAGCAUGUUAUUCAGAAAAAACUGUGCAGGACAGUUUUUCCAAACACAGACCCUAUUCACUCAAUUUGGAUUUAGGACUUCGAUGUAUCAGAGACAUUUCCAAUCAGCAAAACCUUGAGUCAGCUGAGUUAUCCUCCAUUCAGAGAGGGGCAGUGACCCCGUCUGGGACCAAAUCCAACGGCCUGUCCCAGGAACUGGAGCUGUUCCUGAGCGAUCGCCAGGCCCCUGUGCGCCGGAACUCCGCCCCCGUCAGUGUGUCGUCUGUCAGGACGGCCUUCAUGAUAAAGACUUGCCAGGCCAAAGCCGUGCCUGUCAUCCCCCCAAAGGUGCAGUACAGCCACAUACCUCAUUCCACGAACAAUGAUGCAGGAAAUGAAGCCGAGAAAGAACUCACAAAAACCAGGGGAGAGAAACUAGAUACUGUACCUGUUCUUCCAUCUAUCAGGGAUCUAAAGGAGGAGUUGGAGAAUAAGGAGCCAGCCCCCAAAUCCCAAAUAAGGCAGGCUAUUGCAGAGAAAUCUACAGAGACUAAUAAAACCACAUCUAUUUCAGACCCACUGGUGCUGAGGAGGAAACGCUCCUCCAAUGCAGAGGCCUUUGCUGACUGUCCAAGACCUGAAAGGUCUUCUGUUCUACAAAGACCGUCCUUUAGGAACCGCCAGAGACCACAGAGCCUCAUCUUGUUCAGUCCACCCUUCCCCAUCAUGGAUUACCCACCGCUAGGGGAUGAUGGCAAGCUCCUCCUCCCGCCCAUCAGAAGUCCAACUGAAACAUCAGCACUCGAUGUCUUUUCUAAAGAGAUGGAUGAGAAUCUCAGGACCCCAGAGGGGGUGACCCUGCGGAACAAAAUGACAUUACCCAAGAGUGGACAGAGGCUGGAGACCUCGACCAGCUGCUUUUAUCAGCCACAGAGGAGGUCCAUGAUAUUUGACAAUAGGAGCCACAGGCAGAUUGAAUGAGACACUGGACAGGUUAACCAGUUUCCUAACACUACUCUGGUUAUCCUUCUCCUCAUCCUCCCUGUUCUUGGACUUAUGUAAAUGAUUUUAGCAAUAUUGGGCCUAUAAUUCUACCUUUGGUAUGAAACUAUUCCGGGAAAGGAACCGUUUAUUUGUUUCCAUUGCUCCUACAAUCACUCUGUCCUGCACUAAAAUAAGUAUUCUCGACUAGUGGUGAAGAUUUUAGUCCAAAUCAUAUGCAGUAAUGAUCGAUUAAUAUUCAAAUUAUAUUUUUUGUAUUCAAAUGUUAGACAUGUUUGUAAUAUGCAUAUGAAGGAUAGACAGCCAAAGAAAGGAAAAUGUUACAUCGACCCGUAUUGCCAUUGGUAUUUGAGAAAAUGUCUUUUACUAGUUUGCAUGUCAUCAUUGGUAAUCACAAGAUUGCCUUUUUGUCAAAGAGAGUUGUACCUUCAGUGAUCGCUGCUUUGUUUUUAUUUCUACCUUUCGUCUUACAUAAUUUGUGAACUGAAUAACGACUCCAUACAGUAUGAACCCACUGACGCCCAGCUAUUGUCGCUGCGAUCAGCUUUUAUCCUGACAUAGUAUCAGGGUAGUGUUUUUCCAACAUUCUAAGUAAUGAGAACAGGAGAAAGCAGCUACUUUAGUUGUAAUUGUAUUAUAGACACUAAUGGUAUUUAUUUAUCCAAUUAUGAAUCUAUCGAUAGUCAUUAACACACUUGACCAAUUCUUUGUUGUUGUGGUUUUAUUUGGCUUCAAUUCUAGUAGCCAGACAUUACUUCACCAAUUCUAUAUUGUGUAAUGUUACCAAUACUUAUACUGGUAUGUGUUACCAGUGCUACCAGGGAUUUAUCAGAACUGACAUAGUUGGUGUUCUCUUAAUUGGACUGUAAAGUGACGUUUUGGUCAAGUUUUAGGAUGAGGAGGACAGAUGACAAAAAUACCUAAUGUAAAGUGUCUGUUGUGAUGAAAACAGGCUUUGAAGAGAAACGUUUGCGUUUUAAAGAAAAGGAUAGUGAGAGAAAUGGAUGUGCUGACACUUGUAUUUGUGUGUGAUGCAAGUGCAGAUUGCAAAAAGAGAGGACUCAAACGCUAUGCUUUAAAUGUUGCGAAGAGUUAAACGAAUAUCAGAACAGAGAUGCUAUUUUUUUGCAGCUGUAUUGACAUAAUACUACAUUUGUGACCUGUACAAUUCUGUAUGGACCAAAAUUGGAUGUAUUGUGCAUAGCCACGGAAAGAUAUGAAAAUUCAAAACACGUAUAGGCCUAACAUAUUUUCUAGGGACUUGUUCAUAGAAUGAUUUGUCGUAAUGAUUUAUUUGGAAAAAAAAGCAUGAACUGGCGUACAUCCAGAGAAAAUUAUUUAGUUUAGAGGUGCUGACUAACUGCAAAUAAUCUGUAAGCUAUAAAAAACAAAGAGAGUCGCACACUGUAUAUAUAUAAACUCCCAGUAAUUUAUUGGGUAAAACACCAAAUGUUUCGGCAUAACUGUGACUUCUUUAUUUUUAUGUGUCACAGUUUAUAAUGAUUUAUUUUGACAACAUAGUCAAAAGUUUGGACACAGCUACUCAUUCAAGGGUAUUUCUUUAUUUUACUAUUUUCUACAUUGUAGAAUAAUAGUGAAGACAUCAAAACUAUAAAUAACCCAUAUGGAAUCAUGUAGUAAUAAAAAAAAGUGUUAAACAAAUCAAAAUA